GGGUCUCUGCGCGCGCAUCUCGGAUUUCUUUUCUGAAAUUUAUUAUUUAUUACUAGUAAUUUAAUUAAAAAAGUAUAUAUUAUUCUUAGCAACCUCUUGUUUGUUUGAGGAUUGAGAAGCUUCUACACUCUCCAGUCUCCACUUUACUUUACUCUGGGAGGAAAAUGAGUGAUGCAGAAGAUCAAUCACAUUCUUCACGAAACAAGUGGCAACCAGAAAGCUAUAAAAAUCAUCCUGCUAGAGAUCUCAAUUCUGGAAGUGACCUUUGGACAGAUGGACUUAUCUGUGCUUUUGAGUUUGUUCGAGGAAAGAAAAGACCAGUUAAGUCGAAAUCCUCGUCAAAUAUUACAAACAGACCACAUUUUGAUGGCCGAUAUUCAAAGAUGCAUGUCCCUUCAAAUGGUGUAAUAUUUGAUGAUGACAAAGAGGUCCCGAUCUUUCAGGUUGGCCAAUCUCAUUCCCCAGAAGAGCAUGGGGGUGAUCAUUGGGUACCGAUUGGAUGGUCCAGAAUCUCAGAACUUGUCCAAGCAGUUCAAGUUGAUGCCGUCUGGUCUUCACAUCAAUUUGAAUUUGACGAUUCUGAAGAUGAUUUUACUGCAGCAGAUCUGGCUGCUCCCUAUUGGGAGCGUCCAGCUGGGCCUAGAUGGUGGUGCCACGUUUCUGCAGGUCACCCUGCUGUUGAGGCUUGGCUCAGCAAUGCUCAAUGGCUACAUCCUGCUGUUGGUUUAGCUUUGAGAGACGAAAGCAAACUUAUAAGUGAGCGGAUGAAGCACCUUCUCUAUGAGGUUCCAGUGAGAGUCGCAGGAGGGCUGCUAUUUGAGCUCUUGGGACAAUCAGUGGGUGAUCCUCAUGUUGAUGAAGAUGAUAUUCCGAUUGUACUUAGGUCUUGGCAAGCACAAAACUUCCUAGUAACUGUAAUACAUAUAAAAGGUCCUGUGUCAAAGAUAAAUGUUCUCGGUAUAACAGAAGUUCAGGAGCUUCUUUCUACUGGAGGAUAUAAUGUGCCAAGAACAGCGCAUGAAGUUAUAGCACAGCUUGCUUCCCGUCUCUCACGGUGGGACGAUAGGUUAUUCCGGAAAUCUAUAUUUGGGACAGCAGAUGAGAUUGAAUUGAAGUUUAUGAACAGGAGAACCCAUGAAGAUUUGAAUUUUUUCAAUAUAAUUUUAAAUCAAGAAAUCAGAAAGUUAUCAGCACAGGUUAUCAGAGUGAAGUGGUCACUUCAUGCAAGAGACGAGAUUGUUUUUGAGCUUCUCCAACAUCUGAAAGGGAAUGGAGCAAGAAACUUGUUGGAAGGAAUAAAAAAGAGCACAAGGGAAAUGAUUGAAGAGCAAGAAGCAGUUCGUGGCCGUCUGUUUACCAUUCAAGAUGUUAUGCAGAGCACUGUUCGAGCUUGGUUGCAGGACAGAAGCCUUAGGGUGACUCAUAAUUUAGCUGUAUUUGGUGGUGUUGGCGUUGUUCUCACCAUCAUCACUGGUUUGUUUGGUAUCAACGUUGAUGGAAUACCUGGUGCAACAAAUACACCAUAUGCAUUUGGUGUCUUCACAGCCAUCCUCAUCUUUUUAGGAGCAGUGUUGAUUGUAGUUUGCCUUGUUUACCUUGGGCUGAAAACCCCCAUUGCUGAGGAACAGGUAGAAGUUAGGAAGCUUGAGCUGGAUGAAUUUGUGAAGAUGUUUCAACAUGAUGCAGAGAAUCAUGCCCAAGUCAGAAAAAAUGUUUCGAGGAAUAACUUACCUCCUACAGCUGGUGAUGCUUAUCGCAGAGGUGAUUUUCUUGUGAUACAAUAGAGAUUUUUUUUUUUUAACUGCCAAAAUAGAUUUUUAUUCAAAAUAGGUAAAACAAAGUACAUAUGGUACUAGACUCACGACUAAAAUGGGUUAUUAUAUAUAACUUAAAGAGCUAUACGAUGAGCUUCUUUCAUCUCUAAUUCUCAGUUUUUUUAUUAUCUCUUGAAGUUUCAUGAGACAGUUAUGUUAUGUUCUGCACUUUGAACUCCCAUUAAACUCACACAAUAAACUCAUAUUCUCGUAGUCAUAUUUAA